GCUGGGCGGUGCCCAGACACGCCACCUCUCUGCACCUCGUGAUAUCUCGCCAGAGCGCUGCAGUCCAGCCAGAGGAAGAUCGCUUGCAGUCGGACUCGCCCGCCCGCCCCACCCCAUGCUCCCUGCGGGCUCGCCCGAUUGGGACGUGCUGUGCCUUAGCCGUGCGUGUGGCCCCUGUUCCCCGAAGACCAACGUCCUUGGUCGUAUACCGGGAAUCGAACUCACGACCUUGUGCUUGCAAGGCAGGCACUGUGCCGCUGAGCUAAAUCCCCAGCCCGAGAGAGAGUCUUGCUUGUGAUCAUCCUGUGUGAGGCUCCCAGAAUGCCACGGUUACAGGGUUCUCUGAGGGAAUAAAGCUGACAAGCCGGGUCAGAACAUUCCAUCACCAUGGUGACCUCCCUGGGGCAUAUCCACGCUGUGGACUUCCCACAGGCUUCGGGUAGCUGUGUGUGAAAGGGCAGCAAGAAGUAGCAUAAUGGCAACUACAAACAUAUCCAGUGAAAAAAUUAAAAAACUUGGAGGAAGAAGGCAGGGUCUCCUGAAGGAGAUAAAUGAAAAACGUGAAUCCAACUGCUUAGUAGAAAGAAGCAAUCAAGUCAGCUUACUGAGGGUUCAAAAGAGGCAUUUCACUGGCACCUAUCAGUCCUUUGCCUGCACCCAGUUUAAAGAGCCUGUUCCUGACAGUGGCCGGAGUUCUUGGGUCCAACUCAGUCUCCUUGUUCAUAAGGAGAGAAAGCAUUUUCCACCAAAAAAUAAUGCUAUCUUUGGAUAAAGUGCAUCUCCAGAAACAAAUACAUUCUCUGAUCCUUCAAUGCCGUGUAAUUUAGAAAUAUUAAUUACAAAGGAAGCUAAACAAAUUAGUUAAAAAGGCCAUAACAUGUUUGGUCAUAUAAAACAAACAUCUUCAUUCA